AUGGCAACUUCGAAGAAAACACCUAGCGUAGCCGAAGAGUACAGUUGGACAGAAUCGGCCGAACCAGCCACUCCAUGGAUCAUUUUGAGCGAUUUGAACCCAGAGACUUUGAGAUUCUAUGGAAUGAGUGUUGGCGUCCAAUCUUCUUCCAACUUAAUUGCUAACUACCUCGUUUACUUUGCAUCUUUCUGCACAGCCGAAGUUUUUUUUUUUCAGUUAGGCAAAGCUCUUCGGGCUGGAAGCGAAUGGUCAGAUAAAGAUGAACUACUUGAUGUCGUAUAUUGGGGGAAGCAGUUGUUAUCGCUUAUAAUUGGAAUCGCUUUUGGUGCCGCUUCAAUGCAUGGAAUACUGGCUAUAUUAGCCUAUGUUGCAAUAUCAACAAUGGUUGCUCAACACUUUGUAGUGAAAUUCCAACAGGUGGGUAACUCACUAAAUCUUUUCCUUGUGGUGUUUCAAGUCUGUCCACCGACUAUCGAUAAAUGCCUGUGUUUUGCGAAAUUUGUGAUUAUCGGGCAGCAUUCUCAGUUUGACAAUUUGAAAACAGCUGCACUCAAAGACUCGCUAUCACAACAGAUCGAAAGCUCUGGAGAGAGUGUGGAGGUGAUAGUUCCUCAUGUUGACUUCCCGGAUAUUGCCGGUUAUUGGACUACAUGGACGCUUUUUAGUAGUCCUACUAUCAUACACCAUUUCUUCGGUCAUGAGGAACGCGAUAUGAUACUGUAUCCUGACUUCGCCACAGGUUUCGUUUUAUCGGAUGCGCUCCUUACAGGUUUGGCUAUUGCCAUGAAUACCACAGCUGCCAAAGCCACGGACGCGUUCACAAUUGAUCCUAAGCACGAGCUCUUAUUUCAGGAGACCAAAUGUGCAGUCGAACCUGGCAUCAAACCGCAGGAUAUAUACGUUGGCGUAAAAACAUUCAGCGAAUACCACACUACUCGCAUUCCGGUAAUUAAGAGAACUUGGAGUGCCUCCUUACCAUCUAUCGAAUAUUUCAGCGAUUUGGUUAAUAAUGUUAUUCCUACAAUUGAUUCCGGGAUACCCAACACGGAACAAGGACAUUGUGGCAAGACAUUCGUGAUAUUAAAGCGUUUUGUCAAGUUACUAGACGAUGGUGCAAAGUUCUCAUGGCUGCUAAUUUCUGAUGACGACACCUUGAUAAGUAUUCCUCGAUUACUACGAUUGCUUUCAUGUCACGAUAAUAGUGAAAAGAUCAUAAUAGGUGAACGGUAUGGUUAUGGAUUCUCUAGUUUUGGCGCCACCGGCUACGAUUACCCGACUGGGGGAGCAGGAAUGGUAUUUUCUCCUUCUGCUGCUCGUACGAUAGUCUCCAAGUGUGCAUGCCCAAGUGAUGACGCACCUGAUGACAUGAUUAUUGGUAUGUGUUCCAUGAGAUUUGAUGUAGCCAUAAUUCACAAUGCCGCAUUCCAUCAAGCCCGUCCAAUCGACUAUGCAGAAGAAUAUAUCCAAAGAAUCUCACCGAUCUCUUUCCACAAGUUUGAUGAAAUCGAUCCGUACGAAGUGUACAUGGAGUAUCUUUUUGAGCCACCUGUUGCUCAAAGAAAGACGGAGCUCUGA